AUUCCCUCCAUUGAAAUUUACUCCAAAAUCAAGAACGUUCGUUUCGAACAGAUCUGCAAAAGUCGUCUUCUUUAAAAUGGAAAUAUCCAAUCCCCAAAGAAAUCUUGAAAUUCGGCAUGAAAAUUGAAAAAUCAGCCUAAGCUAAGUCUGCGGCAUAUAUAUAUCUGUAGAGAAUGGCGGAUGAAAGAAUCCAUCCGUCGAGAUAUGUGAAAUUGACAAAAGAACAAGCGCCUCUCGAGGAAAUUCAACCUGGCGAGCUGAAUCAACCAAUUGAUGUCCCUCAAUUGCAUGUUCGCAAGUGCAAUGAAUGUGGACAGCCUUUACCUGAAAGCUAUCAAGCUCCUGCGGAUGAACCUUGGACUACUGGGAUUUUUGGAUGUACUGAUGAUACAGAAAGUUGUUGGACUGGUCUUCUUUGCCCAUGCAUCUUGUUUGGACGUAAUGUUGAACAGCUGAGAGAAGACACCCCCUGGACUGGGCCAUGCAUUUGUCACGCCAUUUUUGUUGAGGGUGGCCUUGCAGUUGUUGCUGCGACAGCAGCACUACAUGGUAUGAUUGAACCUAGGACAACAUUCCUCAUAUGUGAGGGUCUGUUGUUUGGUUGGUGGAUGUGUGGAAUAUACACUGGUCUAGUGAGGCAGUCGCUGCAGAAGAAAUAUCAUCUCAAGAACUCGCCGUGUGAUCCCUGCAUGGUUCAUUGCUGCAUGCACUGGUGUGCCUUGUGCCAGGAGCACCGCGAGAUGAAAGGGCGCCUAUCAGAUGAUGCUGUGAUGCCAAUGACAGUUGUCAAUCCUCCUCCUGUCCAAGAGAUGAAUGCUGCUGGCGACAGUCGGGAUUCAGUACCAUCCUCUGCUAAUGGCACCGAUCAUACCAACUUAGAGAUGCAACCUUUAUAGAAUUGGGAGCCUGAGAAAACCAUAGAUGAACAGGAUGAUGCAUGAUCAAAAUGAUUAAUGGCUUUUACAGCCUUUGUAAAGUUGAAAUUUUUUCUAUACUUGUUAGCACUUUUGGAUGUGGACAACAGAGUUUUUGAAUGCUUUGGUACAUGUAUUUUUCAAUUAUGCUCGUAAUACUAACUUCGCCAAUAUAAAAGGAGGGGAUUGUGCUGCAGCAUUGUGUUUAUGUAAAGAUAUUCUCGUUUAUUUAGAGAGGUGGAGAAUUUAUUUCUUAUAAA